AUGCCGUCCAACAGGUUGACCUACCGCCGCCGCACCCCCUACAACACCCGGUCCAACAAGGUCCGCGUUGUUAAGACCCCCGGCGGUCAGCUCCGCUACCUUCACCUCAAGAAGAAGGGCACUGCUCCCAAGUGCGGUGACUGCGGCUCCAAGCUCGCGGGUGUCCCUGCUCUCCGCCCCCACGAGUACGCUACCGUGUCUCGCCCCAAGAAGACCGUCCAGCGUGCCUACGGUGGCUCGCGGUGCGCCAACUGCGUCAAGGACCGCGUUGUCCGUGCCUUCCUGAUCGAGGAGCAGAAGAUCGUCAAGAAGGUCCUCAAGGAGUCCCAGCAGAAGAAGCGUUAA